ACCGGCUUUAAAGCAUGUGUCAUCUUUACUCCCCACUCUGAAUCCAGUUUCAGUUACUGGGAAAUACGAUUUGAAGGUGAGCGGGCGUGAAGCAAACGAGACUGUUACAACUUUAGCUAGGCGCUUCGCGGCUAGAGAAAUAUUUUCUAAAGUUUAAGUUUCACUGGCAGGCCGAUCUGACCUGCAUUUAGAAUUUGUUGACAUCCGAUCCCAUCCAGACGGGCCACGGCACUUACCUUCGUUUGUUCUUCAGUAAAGUAAGCUGUGAUGACCCUGUCUGGAGGCAACAGUGCCAACGACAUGUCCGGUCAGACGGUGCUUACAGCUGAAGAUGUGGAUAUCGAUGUGGUCGGAGAAGGCGACGAGGGGAUGGAAAGGGACAGCGACUGCGAGAGCCAGGGAAUUCACGACCGCGGCGAAGAGGGGGAGGAGAUCGGGGUGAAAGAGCUGACGGGGAGCCCCUGUGAGAGCGCAGCCGAAGGAGAGACCAAGGGAGACGGCCAGGAGACCGCAUCUGCGCCCAUUCAGAGCAAACCAAAAAACAGCCUGGUGAAGCCACCUUACUCUUACAUCGCGCUCAUCACCAUGGCUAUACUUCAGAGCCCGCAAAAGAAAUUAACCCUUAGUGGGAUCUGCGAGUUCAUCAGCAACCGCUUCCCCUACUACAGAGAGAAGUUUCCAGCCUGGCAGAAUUCCAUCCGACACAACCUGUCCCUGAACGACUGCUUCGUCAAAAUCCCAAGGGAGCCGGGAAACCCAGGCAAGGGCAACUACUGGACUCUAGAUCCCCAGUCGGAAGAUAUGUUCGACAACGGCAGCUUUCUCAGAAGACGGAAAAGAUUCAAGAGACACCAGCCAGAUGUUCUCAGGGAGCAAACCGCCCUAAUGAUGCAAAGUUUUGGGGCGUACAGCAUCGGGAAUCCUUACGGGCGUCACUAUGGAAUUCAUCCGGCAGCCUACUCCCAUCCAGCGGCUUUGCAGUACCCUUACAUCCCCCCUGUGGGUCCAAUGCUUCCCCCGGCGGUCCCUCUCUUGCCCUCCGCUGAACUCAACAGAAAAGCUUUCAAUUCACAACUCAGCCCCAGUCUCCAGCUGCAGUUGAAUAGCCUGAGCACAGCGUCGAUUAUCAAAUCGGAGCCUUCCAGCAGACCCUCGUUCAGUAUAGAAAACAUUAUUGGGGUGUCCAGCACGUCUUCUAGUGCACAGACUUUCCUGAGGCCUCCUGUGACAGUUCAGUCUGCUUUACUCAGCGCACAACCUCUCUCCCUUACCCGGACAUCAAGUGCUAUAGCGCCUAUUCUGAGCGUGCCCACAAACAUAAUCUCCGGACAGUUCUUACCGACAGCGUCCACCGCAGGUGUUUCCAAAUGGCCUUCUCAAUGAGAACUUUAUUUUUUUAUACAUAGAAAUAUAUGUCACCUGUUCGAUACCAAGCACUGGACUUUGACGGCAAAACUGUAGCCAUUGUCAAAAAGUAAAAAAAAAAAGGAAUGCUUUCUGUACAGGUAAAAUUUGUAAAUAUUUGUACAAAGAAACUGAUUUACUUGUUUGGUUUUUUUUCUAAUUAUUUUAUUGUUUGAACUGUGUAACAGUUGUUGUUCACCGAGCUUCCAUUUUUUUAUUGUUGGGAGUUCACUGCCAGUAGUAAUAUUGAAAUUACAUUUUUUUUGUUUUAUAAAUACAUAUAAUGCAAAAAAACAGGAAAACACUUCGUAUUCUAUGAAAAAUAAGUCUGUUUAUAAAAACUGAAAUAAAUGUAUUCUAUGUAGCUCUAUCGUGUUGUACACUGGAUAACUUUGUUAAUAAA